AGAAAACUUCACACCAACUAGUCAUGGCUUCUUUGCAGUACCUACCACUCAGAGCUGCCAAUCUUCACACCAACGCCAACACUACUGACAAAUCCUCCACCUCCCAAUUGUUCUUGAACCACCAAAAACGCAACCGUUUCUUCUCGAAAAACCUGUCAUGCAGAGCCGCAAAGGAGAGUGAUGGUAGCCAAGAAGAUGCUAGGAGCAAAUCUAGAAGCUUCCAGAAUGUGGAGGGAGGAAAGUUCGACAGGAGGGACAUUCUGCUUGGUCUCGGAGGUCUGUAUGGAACAACCGCCGUGAGUCAGGCGGCGUUCGCGGCUCCGGUGGACGCUACCAAGUGCGGCAAUGCAGACACUUUGCCGACAUGCACGAACAUAAAAGAUGCGAAUUGCUGCCCUCCCCCGAAUCCGAAUAUAACUGAUUACGUACUUCCGGUUAAUCAGCCCUUGCGGGUUAGGCCAGCAGCUCAGCUGGCGGAUAACAAAUAUAUAGAGAAGUAUAACAAAGCGAUGAAGAUCAUGCGAUCUCUGCCGAAAGACCAUCCUCAUAGCUUCGCGCAGCAAGCGGCGAUUCAUUGCGCUUAUUGCGACUCGGCUUAUGAGAUGGUGGGCUUUCCGAAUGUGAAAAUGGACGUGCAUUUCUCGUGGUUGUUCUUCCCGUUUCAUAGAUGGUACUUGCAUUUUUACGAGAAGAUUUUGGGGAAAUUGAUCGGUGAUCCUACUUUCGCGAUUCCCUACUGGAACUGGGAUUCGCCUGAUGGGAUGCCGAUCCCGGCUAUGUUUGCAGAUCACAACUCUCCACUAUUUGAUAAGUUGCGAGAUGAUAAUCAUCAGCCGCCGCUUAAAAUUGAUCUAAACUAUAGCAAGUCGACUCCGAGUCCUGUAGGUGACGAAUUGAUCCAGGCGAAUUACAAAGUGAUGUAUAAUCAGAUGGUUUCGAGCAGCAAGACUCCUGAGCUGUUCUUCGGGGGAGCCUACCGCGGGGGAGAAGCGCAGGUGAAAGCGGCCGGGGCAAUUGAGAACCAGCCGCAUACUCAGCUGCACAUAUGGACCGGUGAUCCCGAGCAGAAAUAUGGUGAGGACAUGGGGAGAUUCUUUUCGGCGGGUCGAGAUCCGCUUUUCUAUUCGCAUCAUGCGAAUGUGGACCGAAUGUGGAAUAUUUGGAAGACGCUCCCUGGUAAAAACCGCAAAGACAUCGACGAUCCGGACUGGUUGGAUUCGGCUUUUCUGUUCUACGACGAGAAUGAGAAGCUCGUGAGAGUCAAGGUCCGGGACUGUGUCGAUACGAAGAAGAUGGGGUAUGUUUACCAGGACGUUCCUCUUCCGUGGCUCGGCUCUCGGCCUCCCCCGAAAGCUAAGGGUAAAGGCAAGGGCCGCGGAAACAAGGCAGGGGUCGCGAAUGCAGCCGAAGCUCCUCAGGUCUUUCCGAAUGCUAGUGAAGUCCUUCCCCAAGUAUUGAACGGCCUAAUCAAAGUCUCAAUUCCCAGGCCGAAGAAGUCGAGGAGCCAGGAGGAGAAAGAGGACGCAGAGGAGAUCCUCGUGAUCGAUGGAAUUGAAUACGAUGGAAACGAGUACGUCAAAUUUGAUGUGUUUCUCAACGACGAAGAUGAGGUUGAGAGCGGACCUAACAAUGCAGAGUUUGCGGGAUCAUAUUCAAAUGUACCAUCCAUAUCAAACAAUAGAGUGAAAGUGUCCAUGAGUUUGGGGAUAACCGAGCUUCUGGAGGACGUUGGUGCCGAUGACGACGACAAUGUGGUGGUGGCCUUGGUUCCGAGAACCGGGAAAGGCAAAGUCACCAUUGGCGGCGCCAAGAUUAUCAUCUCUUCUUGAGUUGAUGAGUUGUUUUUAUCCUGUUUGAGCUUUGUGUUUUGAAUAAGCACUGUUUUGUGUGUGAACAAGUACUACUUCAGUGUCUUUCCUGUGUUCAGUUUGAAUUGCAUGUGGUAUCAAUAAAAGUAUCAUUUUCUGUUC